UCCCCUCUUAUUUGAUCACGUUGAAUAACUGAGGAAGAAUUAGACCCGGAUGUUAUUAGAAAUCAGGACUUUCUGGGAGAGGAGUCUUUGUGCCCGGGAGAAGACGACAUGAAGCUGCUGCUGCUGCUGAUCUGCUUUGGGAUGCUUCACGUGGGUUCUGGGCUUCGCUGCUAUAAGUGCCAGGACUACACCGGACGCUGCCAGGAUGUUGCGGAGUGCACGAAUGAAGACGCGUGCAUCUCUCUGAGCGAGAGAGGCGGGAAAACCAUCCGUCAGUGCAUCAGGUACACGGACUGCGAUAACUCCCGCCUCAGCCUCAUGUUCCCAUCCAUCUCCAGCUUCACGUACCGAUGCUGCAGCAGCAACCUGUGCAACUCUGGCACCGCCUCGACCACCGUGAAGCCCCUCCUGGCUCUGGUGGGGUCCCUGCUGAGCCUUUGGUGGGGCUGGAUGUGAAACAGCUGCAGUUAUUCAGUAUUUCAGCCACAGACUGUAUAUACAAGAUGAUGUCUGAAAAGCUGAAGUGCCUCAAACCUGCUUUAUUUCAGUAACCAGCAGGGGGCGACUCCUCUGGUCCAGUUGUAGCAAAUACUGAGAAAAUGAGCUGAUCUCUGAGCUCAGGAAACACUUGAGUGAGUUUUUUGUUUCAGUCACUGCUCUCAGGUCUGACUGCAUAAAACAGGAAGUUCAUUUUGGUUCCAUCAGAGUCAGAAAGGAGCAGGAAGUGCGGGAGGGGAACCUUGUAGUUGACAAGUUGUUAUUAUAUGAUUGAACCUUUGAAAACAGGCCCUGACUAACCAGCAGGUGAUGUCACAGCAGCUACAGCCAUCAUUUAUAUACAGGCUAUGGUUUCAGGCUCAUUAAAUUUAAUACAAAUUAAACCAAAUGUUGUAUAAAAAAACAUGCUUUUUCAACUUGUUUGCUGAUUUUUCUCUUUCAUAUUCUGCAGUUUUAACAAUAAAAUACGACAGGAAAAUAAAAA